AUGGUCUUGAUUGCGGCUGCCUUUACGGUUGCUCGGUACCGCAUUGCCAAGUCAGGCACCACACGCCCACCCUUGGUGCAAUUAACCUUCUCGGCCCCGUCAGCACCGGUUGGCGGCGCUAAACUGCCAUAUCUACCCGACUGUCCGGCGUUUGAGUAA